AUGGCGUGGACAGGAGCAGGAAUUAGACCGCCGCCAGGGAUUCCACUGGUGGCCGCCUCCCUGACUAGCACAAAUGUGGUGAACGAAGCUCCUUUCGAUCCAAAUGACACAGCGAGCCCGUUCUUUCUACAUUCAAGUGAGAAUCCGUCUUUAAUCUUAGUUUCCGCUGUUCUAGAUGGCAGAAAUUAUCACCCGUGGUCCAGCGCAAUGGAAAUGGCUUUGCUCUCAAAAAACAAGCUAGGUUUCGUUGAUGGCACAAUUGAAGUUCCAAGUGUAGCAGACGUGAAAUUUCCGUAUUGGAAGAGAUGCAAUAAUAUGGUUUCCACCUGGAUUACGCGAUCAGUUUCACCAGAAAUUGCCCAAACAAUCCUUUGGCUCGGCACGGCAGCAAGAAUUUGGAAUACACUGAAGGCUAGAUUCAGUGUUGCAGACAUCUUCAGAGUUUUUGAUCUUCAGGCAGAGAUCCAUCAAAUCAGGCAAGGGGAUUUGAGUGUAAGUGGUUAUCUUGCCAAAUUAAAUGUUCUAUGGGAUGAAUUACAGGUCAUUAGACCAUUACCUACCUGCAAAUGUGCAAAUAAGUGCAAUUGUGGAUUGUUGGAUACCUUGCAAAAACAUAUGGAUUGUGAUAAUUUGUCAGUAUUUUUGAGAGGUUUGAAUGAGAGUUAUAGCUCUGUUCAAUCCCAAAUUAUGAUGAUGAAGCCCCUUCCCACUGUUGACGAAGCAUUCAUGAUGGUUCAACAACAAGAGACAAGGCUUAAUGGUGGAAUCAUAGGAUUGCAAUCACCUCAUUCAACAGAAGGUCUAGGAGCUGGGAGUGUAUUCUUGGCACAGACCAGUGGAAACAACUCAGGAUCCAAGAAGUUUUACUCUAAUGGUAACAAGAAACCAGUCUGUACUUUUUGUGGAUUCACUAGACACACUGUAGAAAAGUGUUAUAAGAAGCAUGGAUACCCACCCGGAUGGAAACCAAGGACCAAAAGUGGUGGGGCAAUCAAUCAAAUGCAACUUAAUACCACUUAG